UCACUUUUUCUCGGAGGAAAUCUCAUUUUCAUAGCGGCGUUCGUUGAGGGAAAAUCAGUGAAUAUCUGUUUUUUGAAAUUUACAAUAAAAUCGCUAGUUGAAUUCUACCGAAAAUUCGGAAUGGCUCUAAAUAAAUUAAGCAUUGAGAAUGUUGACCUGAAAGAUAAGCGCGUUUUCAUGCGUGUGGAUUUCAAUGUCCCAAUCAAGGAGGGCAAAAUCACCAGCAACCAGCGUAUUGUAGCUGCCCUGGACAGUAUUAAAUAUGCCCUGGAAAAGGGGGCUAAAUCCGUUGUCCUUGCUUCACACUUGGGACGACCGGAUGGUAAUAAAAACGCCAAGUAUACCCUGGCCCCAGUGGCCGAAGAAAUGAAGAAGCUGCUGGGCCGCGACGUAACAUUCCUGAAUGAUUGCGUCGGUGCUGAGGUCGAAGCUGCUUGUAAAGAUCCUGCACCCGGUUCUGUGAUUUUACUGGAAAACGUUCGUUUCUACGUGGAAGAGGAAGGAAAGGGCGUUGACGCCUCUGGUAAUAAGGUCAAAGCUGAUAAGGACAAGGUCAAGACUUUCCGUGAAAGUCUUGCCAAAUUGGGGGAUGUGUACGUCAACGAUGCUUUUGGAACUGCACAUCGAGCACAUAGCUCCAUGAUGGGUGAAGGAUAUGCCCAACGAUCCGCCGGGUUACUAUUGAACAAGGAGCUGCGUUACUUCGGACAAGCUCUGGACAACCCACCACGACCAUUCCUUGCUAUUCUGGGUGGCGCCAAAGUGGCUGACAAGAUUCAGCUCAUCGAGAACUUGUUGGACAAGGUCAAUGAAAUGAUCAUUGGUGGCGGUAUGGCUUUCACUUUUCUGAAGGUUUUGAACAACAUGGAAAUUGGCGGAUCACUCUAUGAUGAAGAGGGUUCCAAAAUCGUACAGAAGCUGGUGGACAAAGCAAAGGCGAAUAAUGUGCAGCUGCAUUUGCCAGUUGAUUUCGUUACGGCUGAUAAAUUUGCUGAAGAUGCUGCUGUAGGUGCUGCAACGGUAGAGAGCGGAAUUCCCGCUGGCCACAUGGGUCUCGAUGUUGGUCCCAAAUCCCGCGAAGCUUUUGCUGCUCCGGUUGCACGCUCCAAGAUUAUCGUUUGGAAUGGCCCUCCUGGUGUGUUCGAAUUCCCCAAUUUUGCGAACGGAACAAAAUCUAUUAUGGAUGCCGUGGUCGCUGCCACAAAGGCAGGCACCGUUUCUAUCAUUGGCGGUGGGGAUACGGCUUCGUGCUGUGCUAAAUGGGGCACAGAAUCUCAGGUGUCUCAUGUUUCUACUGGUGGCGGUGCCUCCCUGGAGCUUCUGGAAGGCAAGGUGCUGCCUGGUGUUGAUGCUUUGAGCAGCGCCUAAUUUAAAUGAUUCUAAAAACAGGUUCUAGCAAAGGUUAAAAUCACAUUACUGUUGUGCAUAGUCCCGAGCUGGCUUAUCUAAGAAUUAUGAUUUAAGUUAAAGUCAAAACUCGUCAUAUAAUAAUCAAUGUGCACGUAUUGCUAAAAUGCUGUGCUGUUAGCGAAUUACAUAAUGAACAAUUAUCAUAAGAAAUAAAAAAUGUGUUGCGUAUUAGUGAUGAAACUGUCUACACAUAA